UGUGGUGGCUAGUGUUGUGUUUUGUGACUGCUGUCACCUGUCAAAACACCACUGAAGAUGCAUCCACAACACUGGACUACUACUCCAUGCCGGCUCUGUCCGAGCUGGAUGACUUCGACCUCUGCCUCAGAAGACCAGAUGCCGUCUACUGCAUUGUUGACAUGAACCUGCGAGAAGAUGACACGCCGCUCUACCGGUUUAUAAAGGACUAUUCACAAAAGACGUACAAAAACUACAACCACUCGAAGCUACAUCGAGGAAUAUGCGGCUCCCAGCACUGCGGCUUGAACCUGACUCACGCAGUGGAACUGGACGCCACGGCAGAGGUCCUGAAAGACUGCUUCAACACCUCUAUACAUCAAGGGUUCGGCUUGCAGGUGGAUACCUUAUCGGUAAGGUACUGCAAGACACAAGACGACUACGUGCCACCAGACACCCUGGACUACGUCAUCGGAGUGAUAUUCCUGGUGAUCCUACUGGCGAACCUGGGCUGCACCGCCGUAUACUUCUUCUGGCCACCAGAAGAUGGCGAAGGAAACAAAUUCAUGUUGGCUUUCUGCGUUCAAAAGAAUUGGAAGGCCCUGAAGUACGGAGGCAGCGCAGACGGCGGCAUCUUCAAAUGCUUUCAAGCUUUGAGGUUCUACACGAUGGUGAUGAUCCUUGGACUACACUCGAUGAUUUUCAUCGGCUACGGCUACACUGCGAAUCCAGAAUUCAUUGAGCACUCAUACGAUGAUUUUUUCAAGUCAUUGCUUUUCAAUGCGAGGAUCAUCGUGCAAAUCUUCUUCGUGAUGGGUGGGUUCUUGAUGGCCUACAAGAUGAUUGUAUACGCUGAGACCCAUCAGUUCUCCUUGAAGACAGUCCCUAUGGCCAUUGUCAAUAGAUGGUUAAGGCUGAUUCCACCAGUGCUGGUAGUGAUGGGUCUGGCUAUGACCUGGGUUCCCCAUAUGGGAUCUGGGCCCAUGUGGGACGCCGUGGUGAAGAGGGAGAAGGAUAUGUGCAGGAGCAACUGGUGGCAACUGGUUAUACUGAUGCCCAACUUGUUCCCCUUCGAGCACCUCUGCUUGCCACAGGCUUGGUACUUGGGAACUGACACGCAGCUUUUCUUCGUGACUCUCAUCAUUAUGCUGGUCAUCUGGAAGUGGCCAAGAUCAGGUGUCCCUGUCCUGUCCGUCGUCAUGGUGGUCAGUCUGAUUAUUCCGUUCCUGCAGAGCUACCUCAUGAACCUGCUGCCCAUUAGAGUGAGCAUAUUCCCGGAGUCCAUAAGAGACAUUUUCGGAUACAACGACACGUUUUAUCACGCGUACGUGUCAGCGCAAGGCAACUGGGCCGGCUACCACCUGGGAGUUCUGACAGCCUGGUUCUACCACAGAGCCCAAACUAAGAAGUGGGAUUUAGCUGAUUCAUGGCUCUUCAAAAUCGUUUAUCUGGUGUCCAUUCCGAUCGCAUUUGGUACCGUCUUCAUGGGUACUGACCUGCAUCACAGAGAAGCCUCAGUCUUGGAAUCCGCCGUUUUUAACGCAUUGAAUCAGAAUUUCUUUGCGCUAUGCAUAUGCAUCUUCAUCAUUGGAUGCUUCUAUAAAUGCAACAGGAUAUACGUCGGCUCCGUGGAAUGGGGUCCCCUACAGCCGCUGGGCAGGCUGUCGUACUGCGCCAUGUUGCUGCACGCGACCAUCCUCAGAACUUACGGCGGACAGAUGAGACGUUCGUUCUAUGCAACGGACUAUACUGCUAUAAUGUUGUUCGCUGGUAUAGUGUGUACCACUUACUUGUGGUCACUCCCUCUCCACCUGUUCGUCGAAGCGCCAGCUUGCCAGAUACAGAAGAUCUUCUUCGGCGCUAAAGUCCAGAAGAGGGACAGAGAAGAGAAGAGUACGAAAGUAAAACCAGGGAUCUCCAGCGUUUCAGUAUCAACCGUAUCUACCCAUAUCUAGGCUAUAUUGUAAUCCUAAACUUGUAUUAUAAAUAUGUUAUCU